AUGAGGUCUAUCAUCUUGCUGCUUCUUUCGUUCGGGUUUGUCUCAGUAAUACUAGGGAAGUAUACGUAUUUAAUUGAGAAUUCCGGAUCGUUUGAGGAUAAGCUGCUGUCGCGCAAAGUCCGUGGCUUGAUAUUUCCAGAUAAGGCCGCCGUCUUGCUAACCGCUGCCCUAACAAAGCUUAUAGUUGGCGGUCGUCCUAGUGGGCUUCAGUAUAGUCUCGAGUUCGAUAUGUAUCAUCCUUUACCCGACACUGUGGAGGGUUGGCAGCCAAAGAUAUUAAAACGCUUCAGGCCCAAGACGACGACCAAGCCAAAACGUCGACUGGAUUCCACGUCGUAUUACCGAAGCCCAACCCUAGAGAGUUAUUACCAAAAUUAUUAUCAGAAUUAUUACCAGAAUGCUGGUUUCUGGGGACCUUCUAGAAAUUCCUCCAUUAAUAGAGAUUCAUUCUACCAAACACCUGCGAGUAUUCCCAAAAUUAACUAUCUUCAUCCAAAAAAAGAGGUCUAUGGGUCCUGGUCUGAAGUUCCAAGUUGGAAAUUAAAUCGCGGCUACAGAGAGCGCAGAGAAAUAUUUGAUCAGUUCGAGGCUAUGGGAAAAGUCUUUCAAAUAGACCUAAAAUCGUGCAUCAAAAGAGCCAUGUGUGAACUGAGAGCUAAAAUAAACGCAGCCCACCACGAGGGUUUUCUUAUGGAAGAUCUUAUGCGAAUUGUAUUGACGGUUCCCGAAGAGAUACAGGAUGGCAAGUACAAACAUCGCAAGGACGUCAAGGACUGUGCUCUUUUUUAUGCUCCAAGUUGUCCAUACAAUGUUCUAAACUUUCUAACACAAAACGGCAAAAAUAUAUAA